AUGGCAAAAGAAAUUAAAUUUUGUGAUUUUGGUUUAUUUCCUUGUAGGUGUCAAACAACUGCAUGUCUUGAGUCAAACUGUUCUUGUUUUCAAGGAGGAAAUUUUUGUAGUCCAUUAUGUACAUGUAAUUGUUGUAAAAACAGAAAAGAAAAUGAACAAGAGGUAUUGGCUAAAGCCAGAAAGUUGCUAGGUUUAGAAGAACCUCAUUCAAUUAAAAAUGAGAACUUACCAAUAGAAAAGGUCAAAAAGUCAUUACCAAUUAACAACGAAGUAACAAGAAAAAAAAUUGUCACAACUCAACCAGAAGUUAAUAAAAAAGAAAAACAAAUGUUAAUUAAAAAGAUUAAACAAAACUUGAAGAAUCAACCACUAAACGAUUUAUUUAAUAUAUUAAUUAAAGACUUGACAAAAAUAGAGAUAAAUAGAACAGAUUUAAUGAGUGAUGAAGAAUAUAAUGAAUUACUUAGAAAAGAACAAGAUACUGAAAUUAUAAAUCGUUCAUUAAAAUAUAUUAAAGAUUUAUUUGAUUGA